CACGAAGUGUAUGGCCCGGUGGUUACGGUAUGGAUUGGAAACUUUCCAUUUGUGUUUAUUUGUGAUCUGGAUAUUGCACGGGAGGGCUUUGGCAAAUGGGAAUUAACAGGUCGACCCCCAUCACAAUUUGGUAGCAUUUUAAGCAACGCCAGUCACCAUGGCAUCAUAUUCAAUGAAAAUCUUAAGAGUUGGGAAAGUUUGAGACAAGUCGCUCAAACUGCCAUUAGGUUCAAUAUCGAGAACGUAGAGUUGAAAAAGUUUAAAUAUUGUUCAACUGACUUUCUACCGGACCUAGGGAACUCCAUGUAUCUCUAUGAGUUCAUACCAUUGUUGCGACCUUUUAUGAAAAAUCCGUUGGAUUUAUAUCAGAGCUAUUUCACCGAAAUCAAGGACUACACGAGAAAUAUAUACAAAACACAUGAGAAUACAUACGAUAAGGACAUAAACCGAGACUUUUGUGAUGUACUCAUCGCCGCCAAACUGAAAGCCAUUUGCGAGGACAGGGAGUCGGCCCACCGGAGUCGAAACAUCAAUGACAACACUUUUAUGGAUGAUAUUAUUGAUGAUACGUAACCCAAAUAUACAACAAAAGUUGCGAGAUGAGAUUCAUGAGAAGCUUAAUGACAAUGUUCCUGUCAUAAGUGACAAGGUUAACUUAGAUUAUGUCAUGGCGUAUAUAAGCGAAACUUUAAGGUAUAAAAAUGCCGUACCAAUUGGCGUAUUUCAUAGGGCUAUUUCGUCCACCAAAAUAGGGAACAGGUAUCCAAUUCCGGCAAAUACAUACGUUAUAGUGGACCAAGGUUGUAUUUUAAUGGAUGAGAAUAACUGGAAAAAUGCCGACCAAUUUAACCCGGAUCGCUUUCUAGAUGACCAGGGUAAAUAUGGUACUGUCAAACCGGCUGCAUUCAUACCAUUUAGUACGGGUCGUCGUGUAUGCCCUGGUGAACCAAUGGCUAUAACAGACUUGUUUUUAAUCCUGGUCAGAAUUAUUCAGUUGACAAAUGAUUAUGAAUUGAAAUUGGUGAAUGAGGAUACAGUGACAUUAGAUCCUGAGCCUAGCGUAUUGCUCACCCAAACUCCCAUGAGUUUUAAGAUUGU